UGAUCUUUCUCUUUUCCAGUUCUUCCAUCAAGGUGUCUUUUAAGUGGAUUUAUCUACUUGGAACAAGAAUUCUCUCUUUGGUAAACUUUUUCAGAUAUAAGAAACAAAAAUCAACAUGAAAUGCUAUAAUACAUGUGGUAACUAGCACUGUGGAUAGUUUCUUUUUGUCUCCUAAUGUGACAGUUUUAUGCAGCUCUCAUUUCCUAGAUCAGGAUUUGAUGCACCUCAUGUUUCUGGAAUUAGAGUUGUGAGCAAUUGAUACUUGCAUUCUAUACUAAUGUUGUAAAAAUUAUCGGUUAAAUAUAAAUGAAGUUGACCACAAAAUACUUCUUAUUUCUUCUCCUUUGAUGUCCUGUCCUUUCCUUGUUCAUUGAUGGUAGAGAUAUCUUAUAACUCAAGCGUUAGUAAUGAUAACCUCUGGUUCAAUGCCAUUAUUGUCCUCGGAAAGAUGAUUUGUGUGACAUUAGUUGGUGGUGGUGUUUUGGAUUUCAUCUAUUGAAUUGCAGGGAAUCGCGCACUCGCUUUGCCACCCUUCGCGAUGUUAUAAUGCAUAUAUUCCCAUCAUCAGAGAGAAAAAAGACCCCUCUCUCUCUCUGACACACACUGAAUAGGUCCAUCUCUCUCUCCUGAUGGCCUUUGGGGUUUCAAUCCGGCUCCCAAUUAAACACGGGUUUGUUAGAGGAAGAGCUUUCGGCUAUUUUCCUGACAGGGGAAAUGGAUCCUCCUUCCUUGACUCUUAUGAAUACUCUCAGUUGUUGCAGAGUUGCAGAGACAUAGAAAGCCUCAAAGCGGUCCAUGCCCAAGUUGUUACAGCUGGUUAUCAGAGCAACAUGUAUCUCGCAGCCAAAUUGAUCGAAAUAUACAGAGAUUUCAGUGGCUCCAUGGAAGACGGGCGCAAGGUUUUCAAUAAUACGACAGAGAGAGAUUCUCAGUUGUAUAACGUAUUGAUACGAGGCUAUACAACCCAUGGUUCAUAUAUGGAAGCCAUUAGAGCCUAUGAUGAAAUGCAAAUGCAAGGGUUGAAGCCAAACCAUUUCAGUUUCCCAUUUGUGCUCAAGGCCUGCUCAGCCAUGGGAGACUUGGAGAAAGGCAAGGAAAUUCACAGAGAUUCUAUGAUGGCUGGCAUGAAUGGUCAUACAUAUGUAUGCAAUGGGCUUAUAGCCAUGUACGCAAGGUGUGGAGACCUGACAAAUGCUCGUCAAGUCUUUGAUGAAAUGCCUGAAAGAGAUGUUAUUAGUUGGAACUCCAUGAUUGCAGGGUAUUGCCAAAAUGACCACCCGAAAGAGGCAUUGGAGCUCUUUCAUGGCAUGUUACUUGGAUUUAGAGAGGGACUUGAUGGGGUAACCUUAGUGGCCAUUCUCCCUUCGUUGAGCCAAUUAUCAGCCUUAGGUCACGGAAGGUGGGCUCAUUGCUACGCAAUAAAGAAUGGCUUCGUGGUUGAUGUGGUCUUAGGCACUGCACUGGUAAACAUGUAUGCCAAAUGCGGUAGAUUAAGUGUUGCUCGAUUAGUGUUUGAUCGCAUGGCUCAAAGAAAUGUGUUUUCUUGGAACGCAUUAAUAGGAGGUUACGGUGUGUAUGGGCUUGCGUCUGAUGCAUUAGGGACAUUCUCUCUCAUGCUUAAGGCCAACAUUAGCCCCGACGCUAUUACUUUUGUUUAUGUUUUGUCGGCCUGUGCGCAUGCGGGCUUGGUCGACGACGCUCGACAGUGGUUUCGGGCCAUGCGCGAUGACCACUCGCUCGAGCCAUCGGGGGAGCACUAUGCGUGCAUGGUCGAUGCAUUGGGGCGUGCUGGCUUGUUCGAUGAGGCCAUGAGUAUCAUCAAUAGCAUGCCCUUUGAACCGGGGGCCGAUGUUUGGGGCUCAUUGCUUGGUGCUUGUCGUAUACACAAGGACGUAAGCCUUGCAGAGAUAGCGGCAGAGCGUGUUUUGAUGCUUGACCCGUUGAAUGCAGGCCGAUAUGUCCUCGUAGCAAAUAUAUAUGCCGCUUCGGGGAUGUGGGAUGAGGUAGCUAGAGUGAGGACUUUGAUGAAAGAGAGAGGAGUUAGGAAGCCUCUAGGGUCCAGCUCGAUCGAAGUUAGACAUAGGGUCCAUACAUUUGGAGCCAGAGAUGAGUCCCACCCUUUCUCUAACAAAAUUUACGAGAAGUUGACAUGGUUAGAGGGGGAGCUUAGGGGCAUGGGUUAUGAGCCAGACGUGAACUCAGUAUUGCAUGAUGUGGGUGAGGAGGAGAAGGGGGAGAUGGUGGCUAGGCAUAGUGAGAGACUGGCAAUUGCCUUUGGCCUUAUCUACGCGAGCCCUGGCUCGACAAUAAGGGUCACCAAGAACCUUAGGGUAUGUGUUGAUUGUCAUAGUGUGACAAAGAUGAUAUCCAAGCUAGUGGGGCGCGAGAUUGUGGUUAGAGACUCGAACCGCUUCCACCACUUCAAAGGUGGGGCGUGCUCGUGUGGCGAUUAUUGGUGAGGGUUAUGUAUAGCGGGUUCCUGGUUUGUGUUAAAUGUUGGGCAUGAUUGGAGACAGGCGCCUGUUAUAGAUGAUCGCGAGGCCUGUUGCAAUGUAUAGGACAUGGGCGUUGGCUGCUUGGAAUGGACAAGGAAUUUCGGUUGCUAGAAUGGAUGUUGUGGGUGUGACGUGAGACAUGGCUCGUUGCAUUGUAGGGUCCGAAUUCGAGGCAUGGAAUUGCCUUGGGGAAAAUCCGAACUGUUGAUUUGGAGACUUAGACUGGCGUUCUGAAUUCUGAUAAGGAUUUGUUCCAAGAGGGAUGCAAGAGCAGAGGGGGCAAAUAAAUUACCUUUUCAACUUGGUUUAUAGUUGUCACUUUUAUGGGAUGAAUAAUCUUUUGGGGCAUGGAUGACGGCUCUUGAAUUGAAGGGUUGUUGGUUUGAAUUCGCUUACAUAGAUAUAACAUGUUUACAAUGGUUUCAUCUGCC